GAUAGUUUAAAUAAAAGUAACCCCGAACAGUUUCAAAACCUUAGCAGCUGCAGCUGCAACCAAAACUUAGAUUUAGAUUUUGAUUUCAGUUGCAUAUCUUUAUAACAUGAGAUGGCAGAGUUGCCAGGACAUGUUCGUUACUGCUUGAACACGGGGAAACUUGUACUUUUGGCAAUUUUGGUCUCUGGAGGAGUCGUCUUGCAAAUUUUGGCAUGUGCCUUGUAUGAUAAUUGGUGGCCAAUGCUAAGUGCGAUAACAUAUGUACUUCUUCCAAUGCCUUUGCUGUUCUUUGCGGGAUCAGAGGGUGGUUCUUUAUUUUCUGAAUCAGAUAGCAGCUGGGCGAAUGCAUCAAAGUUCUUGACUGGAGCCUCAGCUGUAGGAAGCAUUGCUAUUCCAGCCAUAUUAAAGCAUUCUGGUGUUAUUGGUUGGGGAGCCCUUGGAAUGGAACUAUCUUCCUUCUUUGUGUUUGUAUUAGCCAUAAUGUGUUACAUAAGGAUGAGUAGUGAAGGUGAUUACAGUAUUAUCUAGCAUGAUAUAUAGCUUAGCAGGCCUUGCUUCAUUAGUGUAAAAUAUUGUAUUUAUUCCCUUUCUGUAUGCUAUUGAAUUCUUUGCUUUUCAAAGCGUCACCUUUAUUUUUAUUUUUUAUUUUUAUA